CAAGAGCAAGCAUAAAAGCGCUCGCGAGAAUUAAAUUUCGUUAUUUUCGUUCGUAUUAGUACAUUGAUUAAAUAUAAUAUAAGUACUUAAUCAUGGUGAUUGACGACAAAACUUACGCCGCUAAUAAGCUGAAUAAAAUGGCUUGUUCAGAGUACAGUUUGAAGCAGUUCAGGAUGUUAAAUGCAACAUUAACAUUGAACGGUAUGGCAGCUGUUAUUCCUGCUGUAUCAAAAUUGUCUUCGAGAGUUAUAAGAAUCCUGGGAUGUAAUCCAAGUCCGAUGACUUUGCAAGGGACCAAUACUUAUAUUGUUGGUACCGGUAAAAGGCGAAUUUUAAUUGAUACGGGAGAUGCUAAUGUACCCCAAUAUUUGAAUCAUUUACAAUCUGUUCUGCACGACGAAGGAAUCGACAUUUCUCAUAUUUUAAUAUCUCAUUGGCACCACGAUCAUAUGGGAGGCGUAAAAGAUGUUUUGGAGCUUCAGGAAAAGUCUGGAGUUUCGUUAGUUUGGAAAUAUCCUGGAAAUAAGGAGGAGAUAUCGAAUGAUGCAACGAAAUUUCAUUAUUUGAAGGAUGGACAAGAAUUUCACGUUGAAGGAGCAACUGUGAGGAUAAUGCACACCCCUGGACAUACUGCAGAUCAUGUUGCUUUUCAUCUUUUAGAAGAAAACGCAAUUUUUAGUGCGGAUUGUAUUUUAGGAGAAGGAACAGCAGUAUUUGAAAACCUGUACGAUUACAUUUCUUCGUUGAAAAAACUUUUAGGCGUUAAUUCCUCUAUUAUUUAUCCAGGUCAUGGAAAUAUAAUUAAGAACCCCAAACAAAAAAUUCAAUAUUACAUCGAUCAUAGGAUAGAAAGGGAAAAUCAGAUCUUAGAUAUUUUGAGACACAGUCCUUGUCAGCCGUUCACAGAAAUGGAAAUUGUUAAAAUUAUUUACGCUGAUACUCCUGAAAAGUUGUGGCAAGCGGCAGCAGGUAGCGUUCGGCAUCAUCUUAUAAAAUUGCAGAAGGAGAAUAAAGUUGAUUUAAUAAAUAAUAGGUGGCAGUAUGCGAUGUUAUAAGAAGCGAAUUUAUUAACAAUUUUUGACUGAAAAUUAGAAUUAAAAUUAAUAUUAUUUUAUUAUGAUUAUGUACCUACCAGUUUGUAAU